AUGAAUCAAUGAACAGUAGUCAAGUUUGCCAGAGAGUGUUGCAUUUGAUUUAAUUUCAGCUAUACCAACAUAUGUGUCUCCUACCCGUGUACAGAUUUAGCGAGAUAAAGCAAACUUUGCAAAAAAACCAAGCUUGACAUGUUUACCUGCUUACUGUCGACAAAAAUUAUUUUCACUUCUAGACACUAAACAAAAUCAAUAUUGAUUUAUAUUAUAAAUUCAGUAAUUUGUUAUUAAUAAUUUAGUUGUUUAGAGAUAACAAAUUUGCGACGGUCGAGUACAGAUGACAUUACGUCACAAAUUUAAUCGCAACAAUUUUUCAUCUUAGUUCGAUGAACCUGCAAUUGUAUCCUUAACCUCUUCCUGAUUAUCAGACUUCAUUGGAAAUAUAUCCUGAGCGCAUCUUCUCAUUGCAUAUUCACUUGAUUCAUAUUAUCUGAAAAAGUGACCGUGUGAAAUAUGACUACCCUUCUUUUUUUUCCAAAAAAUGAAAUCUUUCACAGUUUUUGCAAUUCAGACUUCUGUUUGCAUUUAUUCUCUAUUAAUUUCUUCUUUAUUUUCUAGCUUGAAAAGUAAAUUAAAGCCGCGCGAUUAGAACAGAAGAACAGAAGAUUCAAAUAAAUAAAUAUAUAUAUAUAUAUAUAUAUAUAUAUAUCUUUCCUACUUUGUUCAUGAACUUACGAAACUUAGAAACUUAGAUGCCAAUCUCAUUUACAGGCCCUGCUGUUCCUGCUGCCGAGCUACUCCAACGGAAGAUAUCCACCGCCUCAAAUGCUACUUGGGAUUUCCUCUCCAACGAUAACCUCAGCAACCUUUCCUUUUCAAACAUAAAUAACGUAAACAACAACAACAACAACAACAACAACAGUAAUACCAUCCAGGGGGUGCCGGUGGUUGCGCAACGUCCUGGGAGGCGUCCGCGCAACUUCACACUGAGUUUGAACAAAGAAGGAGGCGUGGUUGAAAACAUCGCAGGCAGCGGAGACCCUUUCUCCCCCUCUACCCCAUCAAACCUCGGUGGUAUCAAAGAAAAACGGCGAAAGUUCCGCAAAUCGCUUUCCACUUCGAACAAAAACAGUCCCAUCAUCCUCAAAUCAGUCACAAUGUCGCCAAAUCCAACCAAUUACACCCAAGCCUCUGAUUCGCCGAACCCAAUGACCAAUCAGAAACCAAAGAUAACGAACGGAGCCCCGCCGGCUAAACCAAUCAGAGGCGUCACUAUCAACCAAAACACGGGUCAAAAGGGUAACUCGCUACCUCUCAACGGGUCUAACUCAGUUGGAACGACAACUAUGACACGAAACGACCUUGAUUUGGGUUUCUCGGAAACGAGUUUACUAGCCACGAGUCGAAUGGACGCAACAGUGGUGACGACAGCCGACAACAACAACCCCCCUUGUUCUGUGAAUCGUAGACAGGUUAACGGGGUGCUAAAGAAUAGUGGGGGUGCUGGCAAGGGGUACGCAGAGGUCACGUGUGAAGACGACUCAGCAGAAUGCCAGAAAAACGCAACAGUGAAGUGUAAGCCGGCCGUGAACUGCUUCAAGCUGCGUGAGUUCCAGAGGGACAACAGUAGCCACAUGAGCAGCAAUGAACAGUCCAUGUUCUACACGGCCAUGGCAGAACUGGAACAGAUUCAACCGAGAUCUCGACUUGCCAAUUGUGAGUUGGUGUUCUUCGGACCCGACCCAGAAGGAUUCAACCCCGUGUUCUAUGCCGGCUCUCGGCGGAACAAAUACCUGUGCGUGUGGCAGGAGGACCGACAGUCGGCACUGUUCAUCAGUCGGGGGGACCAGCCGACAGACUUCAUGUCUCGUCCCUUCGUCAUCUCCUACUGUCUCAUAGUGGCCUUCCUCCUCCUACUCGCAUACCAGUAUUGGCUCAUCAAGUACGUCAUAGAGUUCACUCUCGACAAGUUCCUCGCGCAGCCAAUCAGAUUCGAGAUGAUGGAGUCCAGCUCACUCACCCUUCGUGCUAAGAUACUCGGACCACAGAAAUAGUAUACCCAUCUAAUGAAAGUCAUCAUAAAAUCAAAUCUGUUUCCAACACGCCCCUAAAAGUUCUUCGUUGAAAAAAUAAAUUCAAUGCAUUUUUCUACAAAUCUUUUUAACAAAUACAAAAUAGGUAGUCUUUUCAAACAAUUAAGGCUUCUCUAUUCGAUUAACUUAUCAAUCCACCAAAAAAAUAUACACAAGCGGCUCUAAAUGUAUCGGCAACAACGCGUAACUUUUACAGCUCUCUAGGUUUUCAUGGGAUCUGAAAACAGAUUUUCAUAAGCUGAGACCCUUAAACUUAAAUAUAUCCCAAUUAAUUUACACAAAUCCUGUACCUGGUUAAGUUGACAAUCCGAUGAGUUAGUUUUUUCCCAUUUAUUUUAUUUUCAAAUCAUGACUGAAUCUUUCAAAUCUCGAAGUUGACCCUCAUUUGUGCAAUUAUAUUGAGUUUUGGUUGUAGCUUAGAA